AUGGGAUGGUCCCGGAGUGUCGUAACUUGGUGGUAUCUCUAUAACGAGGAACGAGAACUUGAUGCCCUAAUUCUCGAAAUAAACAAUUCAUACUGGGAGAAGCGAAAUAUUCUGUUGAGGAUAAAGCCAACUUCGGAUAAAUUGAACCCGUGCCAGUCUUUAGAUUCAGCAGAGUAUCUUGAUCGGCGGCAGCUAGUGCGAUCUUUGCCUACAGCAACGAAGGCCAAAUUCUACGGGGGCGAUUGGCGUAAGUAUAUAUUUGCUUCCCCUUUUGAAAAGGUUGAUGGACUUGUUUCCCAACGAAUGAUGGACCCGCUCAAACCCCAUUCUUGGGCAUCUGGCUCAACCCUUUCCAAUAUGACGACGCUAGAGGAAACCGGCGAAGUCAGGAUGGCGACACGCUUGACCUGCGAUGGUUACCCGAUUGAUCCUACGCGAAUGUCCUACAUUGAUGUCAUAAAGGUCAUUAUUUAUUGGACCUUGCCAGUCAUUAUGACAACCCCGGAGAUCUUCUUCAAGGCCAUAAAAAUUAGACUGUCCGGAAUGAUGAAAAUGAACAGCAAGCCUCCUGUCCGUAGUGGGAGCGUUGGCCGUCAUAUCAAAAGGCUUGAACUAAAUCUUGAAGCGUACUUUCGGGCGUAUCUUGCCCGUUGUGUCGAUAAUUAUCCCGAACCUGUCGAGCUCAAAUACCUCCCCUGUAGGUCAUUUACCAACGACACCGUUUAUAUGCGAUCGCCUUCGUUUUAUGAAAAGGGACCUACAAUUGUGCGAUAUCUUACAGUUGAGCCAGCUGAUCCAUCUUUUUAUACGCGAAUCAUCAAUUAUAUGGACGUGAAAACUGCACUAGACCAGGAAGCCCAACAGACUGGACACAUUGCGGAUCCAACAGCUCAGCGGCUCAUUGUUUCUGACACCUCCCUUCUUAAGUCCAUUCUUGAAUACUCAUCAUUUUCAUUUCAUGAAGAAGAGGCAGUUACUUUUUCGAGGUGGAAGCUUAGACAAAUGCUUCUUCUGACUAGGCCAAAGUCAACUCUUACAUUUAUGGACAUCUUCAUUCUCUCGUCUUUGGAACCAAGAUCAUGUAUGACCUAUAUGUCCUCCAGACUCCGACUAUCAGCCGCACAUACACUGGCUGCUGAUUCACAGAGACUUCUUUCAAUUUACCUAUUCGUGGCAUCGUGCUUAAUUCGAUGGUCGGUCCUGGAGUUGUUUUCAAGGGCGCGAGUGUGCAUUUUUUCAUCUACCGGACUGCACUAUCCCCACUGGGUAACACUGGCCAGUGCCGUUUUGGAAUAUUGUCUCAUGUUGAAGGGUCUGGCCGUUAUGCAAAGGUGGCUUAUGUGA